GUGACUCCAGUGUGAUUUUACAGGUUCAAGAGGAGAUUAUUGAAAUGAAAGAUGUCUUUUCAGUAAAACUAAAACGUCGACGUUUUGCAGGACAGAAAAAAGGUGGUACUUUGUUGGGUAUCACAAUUUUUAAAUGCUUGAAUAAAGAAGAAAAUAAACUGACAGACUGUGCAAUCCAUUUAAAUAACUUAAGUGAAGAUCAUUGCCAUUCAUGGUUUAGACAUCUAAAGGAAAUUUUGAAUGGUUUUCAGAAUAGACCAAAAUCCUUAAAAGUGUUUGUUAAUCCAAGCAGCCACAAAAGAGAAGCCACACAUGUUUAUUAUGAACAAGUUGCACCUCUUUUUAAACUUGCUGACAUCAAAACUGAUGUCACAGUAACUGAAUAUGAAGGACAUGCUCUCUCAGUACUUAAAGAAUGUGAACUCCAGGCAUUUGAUGGGGUAGUUUGUGUCGGUGGAGAUGGAUCUGUCAGUGAAGUUGCUCAUGGUCUACUACUUAAAGCCCAGAUAGAUGCUGGAAAAGACACAGAAUAUGUAUUAGCGCCUGUCAGAGCACCAGUUCCUCUCGGAGUAAUACCAGCAGGUACUACUAAUAUUUUGGCCCAUACUCUCUAUGGUAUUAAGCAUGUGGUGACUGCAACGUUGCACAUUGUAAUGGGACAUAUUCAAGCAGUAGAUGUCUGUACUUUCAGUACUCCAAGCAAGCUGUUGCGGUUUGGGUUCUCAGCUAUGUUUGGGUUUGGUGCAAGAACACUAGCUCUGGCUGAAAAACACCGUUGGAUGCCCUCCAAUCAGCGGAAGGACUUUGCUUUUAUGAAAACGCUGGCAGAUCUCAAGCCAGAGGAAUGUGAAUUGUCAUUUCUACCUCUACAAAUUCCACAGGAAGACUCUCAUGAGAUUGGCAAAAAGAAGAAAGAGAAAAUUAAAAAAAAGGGUAGCAAGGAUCAAUGGCACGAAAUUCAGGGUCACUUCCUGAAUGUGAGCAUUAUGGCAAUCCCUUGUCUGUGUUCAAUGGCACCAAGAGGCUUGGCACCUAAUACAAG